AUGCAACGCCAACACCAGGAGCCGGUGACUGCUGUGCAGGGGAACGAUAGGGAUCGCAUGGAGACCUCCUCCGCCAGUCCCAUUUCGCAACAAAUUCCGUCGCAAACAGAGACAAAUAUCAGGACACCCACGCAGCGUCCUUCGUCGCCGCGACAGUUCUUCGAGCGACUCUACGGGCACCUCGAGACGCGCAGCAACGAGAGCGGCGACAUCGAUGUGGGCACCCACCACAAGCCGCCUGCUGCCUGCGACACGCCCUACCACAGCGACGGCGGCAGCGUCUCCUCUCCGGACAUUUCCAUCAGCGACGAGCGCGUGUCCCUCGUUGGGUUUCCCUCGUACGAGUUCUAUGGCGCCUCCAAGGAUUACCCGUCGCAGCAGCAGCAGCAGCAGAAGCACAGCUACGGCAACGAGCUGCCUGGCCUGGCAGCCGGCAAUGGAGCUGCCGUAGCCGUCCUGCCCGCAGGAUUUCCGCCGGGUUUUCCUGGUGAUCCGCAUUUCAGCGCUGGAUUUACUGCCUUUUUGGCACGCCGUCGUCGCAAGGAAGGCAGACAGCGUCGCCAGCGUACCACCUUCAGCACCGAGCAGACGCUGCGCCUUGAAGUGGAGUUCCAUCGGAACGAGUACAUCUCCAGGAGCCGCCGCUUCGAGCUGGCCGAAACGUUGCGCCUCACAGAGACCCAAAUCAAGAUUUGGUUUCAGAAUCGCAGGGCCAAGGAUAAGCGCAUAGAGAAGGCACAAAUCGAUCAGCACUACAGAAACUUUGUCGUGGCCAAUGGUUUUAUGAGCUCUAUAAUGGGUCAUCAGACUACAACGAGUUACGCCGCACCGGCCAGCAGUGGGACGACGUCGCUGCCGCAUGGCGGAGGCAUCGGCGUGGGCCUCGGCUACUAUCCACCGCCAGCGGCGACGGCAGCGCUGCCAAAAGACAGCACGCAGGGGCACGCAAACAACAAUGGAGGCGGACAUCCAGAUGCUAAUUAUAUAGACAUCGAAGAGCGCUACGAGACGCAGCCACGCCGACGCCUUCCCUUCAAUAUUAGCAACAGCAACAGCAACAGCGUCGGGGGCGGCAGCGGCAGCGGAAGUGCUGGCAGUCGUACAGUCAAUACUUGCUAGCAAUUAACCAGGCAGCUACUUUUAAUUGAGCUUUAACUUAGAUUUAGCCACUAAACUAAUCACAAUCAGCAUAAGCUAAUUACCGAAUAAAUUU